AACAGUUCAGCCCUGUGGCGCACACAGAGCGAAACGGGUAGCGGUUAAGGCGUAUCGGUUAGGAAUCGGUUCGGUAUCGGGGUGACCGGUAUGGAGCCGCUGUGUAACGCCAGUGAACCGCCACUUCGCCCGGAGGCACGGAGCUCUGGCAACGGCGACUUGCAGUUCCUCGGAUGGAAUGUGCCGCCGGAUCAGAUCCAAUACAUUCCGGAGCACUGGCUGACCCAGCUGGAACCGCCCGCCUCCAUGCACUACAUGCUGGGCGUCUUCUACAUAUUUCUCUUCUGCGCCUCGACAGUGGGUAAUGGCAUGGUAAUCUGGAUCUUCAGCACAUCCAAGUCGCUGAGGACACCAUCCAAUAUGUUUGUGCUAAACCUGGCAGUCUUCGAUCUGAUCAUGUGCCUCAAGGCGCCGAUCUUCAUCUACAACAGCUUCCAUCGAGGUUUCGCCCUGGGCAAUACCUGGUGCCAGAUAUUCGCCUCCAUUGGCUCCUAUUCGGGCAUUGGAGCUGGGAUGACGAACGCGGCCAUAGGAUACGAUCGAUACAAUGUAAUCACCAAGCCCAUGAACCGCAACAUGACCUUCACCAAGGCGGUGAUAAUGAAUAUAAUCAUCUGGUUGUACUGCACACCAUGGGUUGUCCUGCCGCUAACCCAGUUCUGGGAUCGAUUCGUGCCAGAGGGCUACCUCACGUCCUGCUCCUUCGACUAUCUUUCGGACAACUUCGACACCCGGUUGUUUGUGGGCACCAUCUUCUUCUUCAGCUUCGUGUGUCCCACGCUGAUGAUCCUUUACUACUACUCCCAGAUCGUGGGCCAUGUCUUCAGCCACGAAAAGGCGCUAAGGGAGCAGGCCAAGAAGAUGAACGUGGAGUCGCUGCGCUCCAAUGUGGACAAAAGCAAGGAGACGGCUGAGAUACGGAUAGCCAAGGCUGCUAUUACCAUCUGCUUCUUGUUCUUCGUGUCCUGGACGCCCUACGGCGUAAUGUCGCUGAUCGGGGCAUUCGGGGAUAAGAGUCUGCUUACACCAGGAGCCACGAUGAUCCCGGCCUGCACCUGUAAACUGGUGGCGUGCAUAGACCCAUUCGUCUAUGCCAUAAGUCACCCCAGAUACCGCUUGGAGCUGCAGAAGCGCUGUCCCUGGCUGGGAGUCAACGAAAAGUCUGGGGAGAUCUCUUCGGCGCAGUCCACUACCACCCAGGAGCAGCAGCAGACCACAGCGGCAUAGAAACAAGGACAACUCUACCCUAACACAACUGACCAUGUAACAUGAAAGCCAAGGAAAAUGUAUAAAAUACCGAUAACGAAAGUGUAAAACAUUAAUUUUAUAAUUUGUAGUGUAACAUUCUUGAGUUCGAAAUAAAUAAAUAGUAACUUAUUGCAAACGAA